AUGGCGGGCACAUUAUCAGCCUCUCGCACCUCUUGUCCCGACGGGUCUUGCACAGAGGGCGGGGAGAGGGUGGAUAGUGUUGACGUUCCGAUCAUUCAGUCAAAUGAAGAGAGCAGAGACAAGUAUGAUGCGACGACAGAGAGUUUCCUCACGCGUGAGAGCUGUUCCGAUUUUGUCGCUAUUGACAUUUUGGAGGAGGGAGCCACAGAGACUGCAGUUGAUCCCGGUCAGAUAGAUCUGCAUUAUUCGGAUGUUAGAGAGCCGUGGGGAUACGACCCACAUCCCGAGCAUGGAGUGCGGCCUUGCUCGGUGGCAUCUUUCUUCAUCAUGCAGGCAUCUGCGGCGCGUCACGCCGACGCAACUCGUGGCAUGGUGGCCGCCGAACCGAGGCACAGAUCCGCUGCUGAUGAGACCGGUACAAAUGGGGCAAGUGGAGCUGUUGGAGCAGACGGGGAUCGAGGGAACGCGGAGAACACUCGACGCAGGGUGGAUAGGCGCUCCCGUGGCGGGAAGAGGAGUGGGGCGGGCACUGCAGUGCAAGAGGAGGUUAUGGAAAAUCCGGAUGAGCUGAUCGAGGAGGGAGUGCCAAUGACUGCUAAGGAUGUGGCCAAUGAGAUUGGGAGUGCAGCUGAUCACUGGGCUGGGGACCAUUCUCGCUCUGGUGGGGGCACAGAGACUCCUAGAUGCGGAGGUUCGCGCUACCAAAAUCAGGAUGAGUCGUGUUACCCGGGUGCGGCGUGGACAACCCUCCACAUCCUCGCGAUCCUUGCUUGGACCUUUGACAAAUGUGCGAUGACGUCAAGACGAACGAAUCAUUCGAAGGCUGCCAUCCGUGUGUACGAGGCGUUCCAGCCGGUGGCAGGAGGGGAGGUGGCGGUGGAGGUGGAGAUACCAGACGGCGAAUGGGAGGUGUGGCUCAAUGCGCCCUCGGGGGGCAUCAGGGGCGCUGUGCUCUCGCCCCCUCCUGGCACGCGCCACCUCUCUGUGAUUGGCUCCGCCAGGACGGUGGAGCUGGUGGCAUGGGGGCCCCACCCUGCUUCUCCAUCCUCACACCCAUUCUUCCCCCCACCCUUUUCUACUGUUCCCCCCCCCCCUUCCCUCUCCUCCACCCCCCACCAAAAUGGGGGCGAGCCACCUGGUGUGUUCGCAAACAGCAAGUUGUUUGAUCAUCCGGGCACCAUCUACUACGAGGAUGGCGCUCUGCCAGGAGACUCCUCCUCGCCUUCCUUCUCCUCUUCACCCAUUUCCACCUACUCUGCUAGUGUUCUCACUGUGCUGCAUGUGAGGGCAGGAUCUGAGUACGCUGGUGACCUCAUGGCCAUUGGUUUCCAUCAUCAGCCAGCAGCCAUGGCCAUGCUUGGCGCACAACAUUGCUCGCCUGGUGCUGGAGGUGGUGUACCUGGAGGUGGGGCUGCUGAGGAACGUGUGUGGCGAGCUGCCGGAGAUGGGGGACCAUGCUGCCAUGAGCGGCUCUGCAAUGAGUUACUUUGGCGGGGCGUGGGACAGGGUAGACUUGCUCUCACUCUCCCUGCAAGCACCCACCGUUGUCAUCUGGUGAGGGAACAGCGGUGCAUGUUCUCUUAG